AUCGCGGUGGGCUGGCAUCACUGUUGCCCAUCGCGAUGGGCCCGGCCGGGCUGGCAUCGCCGUUAUCCAUCGCGGUGGGCUGGCAUCACUGUUGCCCAUCGCGAUGGGCUGGCAUCAAGCCAAAAUUCACAUAUGUGUGUUUUCAGCGCACGGACUGAAAAGUAGGUUUUGGACGCUGCCAACGCAACAGACUGUAGCGGCUCACAUAAUGCUCCGCGUAUUGGCCAUCCCCGC